AUGCAGCAGCAGAGGCUGAAGCAGCAUCAGCAGGCUCUAAUGCACCAAGCCCUCCUCCAGCAGCAGCAGCAGCAGCAGCAGCAGCAGCAGCAGCAGCAGCAGCAGCAGCAGUCUCUCUACCCACACCCGGGCCUUCUCGCCGCACCUCAGGUCUUUUGCUCCCUCCUUGUAUCCUCUGGAACUGCUGUUCGUGUUUUCUGCUUCCCCUUGUUAUCGUAGCCCCUUCGUUUUCACAUGGUUUUAUCCGAGAAUUUAACCUAGCCAUGAUGACCGUAUGGUUUAUCGCGUUCUGAUUCUGGAGCGAUUGGGUACUUUAGGGGGUUGGUUUCACAUUUGGAAUUUUGGUCUCCAAUGGCUCUCUGAACUGUUGUGUCAGAAAGUUCCUGUUUUAAACUUGGUCUGUCUCUUUAUCGUUGGGACGACUGACGGUGGCAGUCUCUUUAUCUGAGGCAUCCUCUGUAUCUGCUUCGAUUAUGUCCAUUGAUAGAGUUGUAGAAAUUUUGUCGAGGUAACAUAGAAUCAUGCCUUAUGUUACCAACUAGGCAUAUCUAUCUCUUUAUUAAGUUUCCUGACUGACUUUUUUUUGUCUUUAACCCUAAAAUCAGCAGUCUUGCUGUGGGGUCAUAGGAUUAAUGGAAGAAGCACUCUAGCUAUUUGGAUAACAUAUGCAUAUUAUGUGAUGGUAACAUAUUGGAAAAAGUGGCUGUAUUGAUCAAACCGUCGGAAAGUAGGAAAAAGAGCUGUGUCGAUCUCCCUCCACGUUUUUCAAAGGUGUAGAUUGCUUGAUAAUUCAUGUUGCCUCGGCUUUCUCUGCACAUUUUGACCAUUGUGUAAGGAAAAUUCGCAAAUUAAGCUACUGCAGAUUAUUUUUUUUAUUUGAGAGUUUGUUAGGUGUCUUUUUUCCUUUUUAGUAGGCUACUGCGUGGUUGUCUUCCAGAGGUUAGCUUAUUAUUCUAUAGGGGGUCUUUCUUUUCUUUUUCUCUUCCUUUUUUUUACAUUUCUAUUUUGCAGAUAGAGCCUAUUCCAAGCGGAAAUCUGCCUCCUGGGUUUGAUCCAAGUGCAUGCCGCAGUGUGUGAGUGUUGUUAGGAUUUUUUUUAUAAUUUCUGUUUUUUUUUUCUUUUCUGCUUAUACCUUUUCCGCUGAGGCGCUUCAGUUAUGCUAUGGGUUCUUUCAACCAGGGAAUAUGCUUUCCGUUGUCCUUUUCCAUGGCAUUAUUUUCAUUUUUUGGGCCAUACAUCAGGCCUUGGCCUUGUUCCAGAUUGCCGAUUUGUUUUUUCUAAGAUGCAUUGAGUGCCACAAAUGCUAUCGUCUAUUGUGAAAAGUUAAUAUAUUUAAAUUCUUCCGUCAUAUUUAAAACUGCUGUCUUCAUAUCUUGGUUUCUUAUCAGUAGUCUUCCUUUUGAGAUGGUGUAGGUACGUGGGUAACAUUCAUCUGCAAGUGACUGAAUCUCUUCUUCAGGAGGUGUUCCAGAGUACUGGUCCUGUUGAAGGAUGUAAGCUCAUUAGAAAGGAGAAGGUUGUUCUUAUAUCCAAUGGAUGCUCAUCUUUUUGUUGCAUUUCCUCUUUCCAUUUGAUCCCAGAAUUAUUUCCAGUGUUUCCUGAUGAGAUAAGUCUGAUUCGAUCACUAAAAUUUUCAGUGUGGGUACUCUUUAUAUUCGAUUAUUGACUCUCUCAAAUCAAAAUAGUCAUUGAAAGUAUAAAAUUUCCCUGUUUUUCGGCUCGAAUGGACAUAUCGUUGUAUGUUGUCUGAUGAUCUUAUUCAGUGGUCCCUUUUGGCCGACAUAUUCUCUUAUAUCAGUGACGAUAGCUAAUUCACUGCUUUCUUUCUGGGCAUUUAACAAUUUCUUAUCCCUUAGAUGAAACAAAUUUCUUUCAACGUUGGUAAAAAAAUCGCUUAGCUUCCCAAAAUAGGCCAUUGGAUGCCUUACGUGGUGUGUGUAUAAAUCAAAUUCAUGAAAAGUGAUGUACUUUCGCUCUUAUGCCUGUGGGAAAUCUGGCACUUCUUUUUUUUAUAUUUUUUUAAUGUUAACUGGUGAGGUUAAUCAAUCUGAUUUAUCCUUUGUCUGACAUUCUAAGUAUGAAUUUGCUACCUUCGUAGACUUUUGGCAGAGAAAUCUCCGACUUCUAGCUUUCAAUGUAUAUCAGUUGGUUGAUUCUAGACUGAGGAUUAUUGUUUUCUUGUAUGAGUCAAUGUUAUAGAUCCUCGGGGGAUUUUGGAAAUGAUUACCUCACAAGCAUAGAUUUGCACUGUUGUAAAAUCUAAUUGGUCACCAUCGUUGGGAUGCUUGUUUCCUUGUGCAUUAUGAUGGUUCAAUGUGUCAAUCAGAUUAGUUGAUGACUUGUUGCAGUAUGGCUACUUCGGUCAUUCAUUUGAACUUCCCGAAUGAUGACAUUGACAUGUCAGCUAAUUUCUUAUUGCUGUCUCUCAAGUUAUUUUAAAUUUUAUUUGUGCAGACAUCCUAUGGCUUUGUUGAUUACUUCGAUCGAAUGUCAGCUUCGCUUGCAAUUCUCUCCCUUAACGGAAGGCACUUGUAAGUCUGAGUUCUUCUUGUCUUUCAAUCGGCUUCUGUGAAUGUGAAUUUAUGGACCAUUUAUGUCAUAAUUUUUAAUGUGCAGAUUUGGUCAGCCUAUUAAAGUUAACUGGGCAUAUGCAAGCAAUCAAAGAGAGGAUACAUCAGGUUGUGUUCUUAUUUCACCAUCAUAACUUUGUUCACUUGGAUAUCAGUCUUUGUCCUUACCAUUAGGUUGAGCUGAUUCAAUUCUGCUCGUUUGACGCGUUUCUUGUUUUGCUUCUCAGGGCACUAUAAUAUCUUUGUUGGUGACCUUAGCCCUGAAGUCACAGAUGCCACAUUAUUUUCUUGCUUUUCUGUUUAUCCCAGUUGCUCGUAAGUUAUGCUGCGAUUUUUUGUGGUCCAUCCUUGUUAUUUUUCAUAAUCGACAUUUAGGUUCAUAUUUCUAGAUGUUGAAAAGGAAAAAAAAACAUAAUCUGAAUAUAUGGCAUGCAACACGGAUUUAAUAUCUUGCGUUUCUUGGAUAUUUCAUGCAAAUCAAACGUCUUUUUUCCUUUUAGGGAUGCCAGGGUAAUGUGGGAUCAGAAAACUGGUCGAUCAAGGGGAUAUGGCUUUGUUUCAUUCCGCAAUCAACAGGUUGAAUCUUUGUUUAUUUUUUCUUAUUUAAUUUAAGAUGCAGCCAAUUUAUGAAGUUGUCUGUGGUAACAUGCUUGGAAAAAACGAUUGUUCAUAUACCCCUUCUCUUGGCAUAGGAAAUCUUCGUCAAACGAUUGUUCAGCGUUUAUGCCCAGAAAAUGAUUUAAUAAUGGCCGAACUACAUAAUUUAUGUAUUUUUAAACUGGAUUGCUUAAAAUGGUCUGGAUGCUUCAAGGAUGCCUUUGUUUUUUAUGAACAGAGGAAUUUCAUCAUUUUAUGAAUACUGCAUUUAAAAAUUUACUUUGUCAUACUUUUUGAAGAGGUGUACUGUUGGGGGUGUUGAUCCCUGUUUUUCUUGAGAUGGGGUCUUUCUUUCUUUGUUUAUUACUACGAGAAUACAAAUGAUAAAUGUUAAACGUUCUACUAUUUUCUCUUUUGAUCACACCUCUGGUUUAUCAUUUUAUCAUCUGUUCCCUUUUCUCAAAUGGGAGAGUUUUACCAGCGGUGAAGUUAUUGAGAGUCUUAACUUCUUGCUAACAUAGGAUAGGGAAAGGUCAUUGAUAACCAUUCCAGGUUGCCUGCUGGCUCCCCUGCGUUUGAUUUAUCUUCUAUCUUUCCUGUGGUAUAGCAAGUGCUGCUGCUUCUUUCCUCCGUUUCCUUUCUCUUAAUUCAUCAAUAGGUCCAUUUGAAUUUUUCCUUUUGGUUUCUCUUCUCUCUUUUUUACCUUUUUGGCAGCAGUGUUGCGUCUGCUGUGUCAGGCUGGGAAGAUCCCACUGCUGCCUUUCUUUGUGGAAGAACGAGUAGAGGACACUUAGUUGAUGAAUCCCUUCCUUUGGUCACUGAUCUAUCACCUCUUCUUUAGCACAAUGGUUUGUUUCUCAUCCUCUCAGAGGAACAGCCUGCCCCCCUACCCGGACAUUAACUCUUUCUCCAACUUCUCAUGCUUCUUGAAAGAACUGUGUGAAUUCAUUCUGUCGUGCUUCUCCCUGUGAUCGUUGCAUGUGGUUUUCUUCAGGAUCUAGGUGAUCCCAAUUAAAGUCAAACUCGACCCCAAUCUGAGUAGAGCUUGAAUCCAGUUUGUGGAUUUGCGAUCUUUGAAAUAUUAUGCAGUAUAAAUUUAGUUGACAGGAAUGUUUCUUGAUGUAUAUUUUGAGGUUUGCUUUCGUAGACAUGAUCAUGCGAGUUCAAUUUUUGAUUGAACUAUCAGUUAGAUGGAAAAAUUGUUUGGACAUUUUUUGUGUAUGGAACUCUCUUUGGAGGCGUUUUGGGCAAUUGAAUAAUGAUAGUUGGUGAAUUCUCCAAGCCUUUUCUGAUAUUUUUCGCCAUGCUUCAGUCAUAUUCCACCGCAUAUUAUUUAACCCUGAAUAAAUAGUGAAAUAUUUAAAAGUAAAUUCGUAAAGUCGACAUAAAAAAUGAUAGUGCAGCGAAUAGAAGAUACACGUGGACAGUUUUUAUCUGUUACCUUGGGGGCAAUCGGGAAGAUUCGGUUGUUCAUCUGGUACCAAUGAGAAUAGUCCAUCUAAUCCGCUUUUUCUCAGUUGACUUUUCAUGCUACCAAAAACGAGGACAAUUUUCUCAGAACACUUCUCUAUUAAUUACAUUGCAAACCCUCGCCAUAAUAUGAUGCUUCCUUAUCUCAACCACGCUUUACUUAACCAUUAGCUAUUUCCUCUGAUUCAUUGCGGAAAAUGUCGUGCCAUAUAUUCUGGAUCUUCGGUAUGGUGUGGGUCAUUUGGUCGGUUAUCUGCAGAAUGCUUUAACUUUAAAAAGGAGAAGUAUGGAAAUUAUUUAUCUCGUGCAGCAUUUAGGAGAUCACAAUGUAGGAAGGGUGUUUCUGCUGUGAUAUUCCAUUCAUGCGACCGAUAUCUUUUUCCAGUGUAGCAUAAUAUGCUGGCUCAGCGUCUCUCUCACUGUGUGCUUAUCGUCUGUGGUUUUCUGCAGGAAGCCCAGAGCGCCAUUAAUGAGUUAAAUGGUAAGCAACUUUCUCUGAAACUGGACGCUCAUAUCUUGUUCAUCAGUUAAUGAGUAAUAAUUCACCAAUCUUUUUUGAGCGUUCAGCGUGUCCCUUGGAUCUGGGUACCUUGCCUCCUUUUUUUUUCUUCUUUCUUUCUGUUGUUGGGAAUCAGAACAGGCAUUGCACCGUCCCCCUUUCUUUGGUGGAUGCGUUUUGUGGCCCUACUGUCAUGAAUUGAACGAUAAGGGUUGAGAGGAUCAUUUGACUUCGUGGGUGUAGUUGAUCCAACCAGAUACUUAAAAAUUAAAUAGAAACCCCUGCCGAGCCAGAUCAGGAUCGGCUGAUGUGGACUCCACUUCAGUCCCCUUUCAAAUGAGGACCGGCUGGAUAGAGUUGGAUGGAAUUGAGAUAUUCUACUGACGUUAAAAUUUUGCCAGCAAUUGGGUUCACUAAGCCUCCCAUUCUUAUAAUUUGUGUAGAGAGCAUUUCCUAGGCUUGGAUCAUUAGGAAUACAUAGAAUAGUCCGGACUUCAAUCCCAUUUUUCUGUUUCCCGAGCCUUUUUUCAAUGUCUGGACGCUAUUCUUUUCCCUCUUUCAGGUAAGUGGCUUGGCAGCAGGCAGAUCCGCUGUAACUGGGCGACGAAGGGUGCGGGGACUGAGGAGAAGCAGAUGUUAGGGUCGAAGAACAUGGUCGACCUGAGCAGCGGGGCAUCUGCAGGUGGGUUUGAUUGGAACACACAUUCACAAUCCGGUUUUUGUGUUUAGGGUUUUGGGUGGUUUCCUAUAUUUGAAUGCAUCGGCGGGUCCUAGAUGGUCAGUCAAUGAUUGGGGAUCCCUGCGGGUUUUUUCUUCUUUUUGUAAUUUCAAUUAAUUGGUUCAUCUUGUGGCAGCUUUGCUCUCUGAGAUGAAGGUUGGUUCUUUCUGAGUAAUGAACGAAACAUGUUGGCCAUAUUUGACGCUUUUAUGUAGGAUCAUUAAACAUCAGAUUUAUUUAUUAUGUCAAGAACAUGUUAUUUCAUUGAUAGACGAAACUAGAUGCGGUGGUUCAGCUCUUUCUGUAGAUGGAUUCUGUCCGUUCCAUUUUCUCGGAGACAAGUUGACUUUUUCCCCGACCCAAGAGUCCCUGCUCGUUGUCGACCUUGCCCAUCUGACAAAAUCCCCUCUUUCUUCCUUGUUCGUUUUUGUUUGGUCGCUGAUGAUGAACAUGGAAUCAAUCCCCUUUCUGCAGAGGACACUCGCGAAGCUCCAAACGAGGACGACCCGGAGAACAACACUCAGUACACGACUGUUUACGUGGGCAACCUGUCCACGGAGGCAAGUCCUCGGCGAUCUUUAACCUUGAUGCAUUGUUUUGCUUCAUUAUUACUGUUUCAUGGCUGUGUGAUUGGGCCGGCAUAGUUACCUUAUCCUCCUCCUGGCUUCGCCUUCUCCUCGUUGCUCUGAGAGACCUGCUCGGCGUUGCAGGUGAGGCAGGCGGAUCUCCAUCGCUAUUUCCACGCCCUGGGGGCGGGCGUGAUAGAGGAAGUCCGCGUGCAGCGGGACAAGGGCUUCGGUUUCGUCAGGUACAGUUCCCACACAGAAGCUGCCCUCGCGAUUCAGCUCGGUAAUGCCCGAAUCCUCUGCGGGAAGCCCAUCAAGGUGCUCACUCUUCCCUUCCUCCAAGAACCCUAGUAAUUAAUUGCCUCCGCCGAUUGGUCUUUGAGCUCCCAUGGUCCACCUAUGGAAGAAGUCUGUUUCAUUUUGCCCUUCUGUCGUGUGCCCCCUGCAGUGCUCAUGGGGGAACAAGCCCACCCCGCCCGGCGCGAGCUCAGGGCCGCUGCCCCCGCCGCCGCCGCCGCCCUUCGCGGGGCUGUCGGCGGGCGAGUUGCUGGCGUACGAGCGGCAGAUGGCGCUGAGCAGGAUGGGCGCGGCGGGGCCGGCGAUGCUGCACGCGCAGAGCCAGCUCGCCUUCAAGCAAGCGGCCAUGGGAGUCGACGCCGGCGUGAGCCAGGCACUCUACGACGGCGGGUUCCCCAGUGCGACCUCCGCCCAGCAGCUCUACUACUGA